UUCGCUUUAUUCUCAUCUUCGUUCUUGGGGAGAAAGAAAGCUUUGGUUUUAUUAUUCAUCUUUCCCUUCCAAGCUCGUCGGUCUUUCUGAAGUCUCUCAUACACAAACGAAACCCUCAAAGUACAAAUCAAAGCAGUGCUAAGCGAUGAGUCGUGGAAGCGGAGGUGGCUACGAUCGUCACAUCACGAUUUUCUCACCCGAGGGCCGUCUCUUUCAAGUGGAGUAUGCUUUUAAGGCUGUGAAGGCCGCUGGAAUAACCUCAAUUGGUGUACGAGGAAAGGAUUCGGUAUGUGUUGUGACUCAGAAGAAGGUCCCGGACAAGCUGUUGGAUCAGACAAGUGUCUCACAUCUUUUCCCCAUCACUAAGUAUCUUGGGUUGUUGGCAACUGGCAUGACAGCCGAUGCAAGAACCUUGGUUCAACAAGCAAGAAAUGAAGCAGCUGAGUUUCGCUUCAGAUAUGGAUAUGAGAUGCCUGUGGAUGUAUUGGCUAAAUGGAUUGCUGACAAAUCACAAGUCUAUACUCAACAUGCUUAUAUGAGACCACUUGGAGUUGUUGCCAUGGUUUUGGGCAUUGAUGAUGAAUUUGGACCUCGACUUUACAAAUGUGACCCAGCUGGCCAUUUCUUUGGUCACAAGGCCACAAGUGCUGGGUUGAAAGAGCAGGAGGCAAUUAAUUUCUUGGAGAAGAAAAUGAAGAACGAUCCUGCAUUUACCUACGAGGAGACGGUGCAGACUGCAAUUUCAGCCCUGCAAUCAGUUCUGCAAGAGGAUUUUAAAGCCAAUGAGAUUGAGGUUGGAGUGGUGAGGCAGGAGAACCUGGUCUUUAGAGUGUUGUCGAUGGAGGAGAUUGAUGAGCACUUGACUGCUAUAAGCGAGCGUGACUGAGACUGCACCCGCUCCUGAAACCAUCUGGAGGAGUAGCUUGAUUCACUUUGAUGGUGGAUGCAUUUUAAGUCUUCUUUUCUUCCUUGUGUUAUUUUGAAUCCAUGAAACGUGUUUUUAGGAUUUUUCCUUCCGAGCUGUUGGCGUUUUUUGAAGUUGAUAUUACCACCGGAUACGACAUUAUGGCAUGUAGAAACUGGAAUUAUGCCUUAUUUAACGGUUUGUAAUUGUAUCGUUCAAAAGGUCUUAUCAAAUUCUUCCU